GGCGCUUCAUGAAUGGAGCCACGUGACCCAAACAUCACGUGACGCGGCGGCGAGCGGCGGCGGCGAGCGGCGUCCCGGUCCCUGCAGCGCGGCCUCUCCGCCCGGCCCGGCCCCGGCCCCGGCCCCCGCCGGCCCCCUCACGAGAACCUGACUGACAAGGCUGUCGUGUUAUGACGACCCCCAACAAAGGAAACAAGGCCUUGAAGGUGAAGCGGGAGCCAGGCGAGAAUGGGACCAGCUUGACAGAUGAGGAGCUGGUGACCAUGUCUGUGCGGGAGCUGAACCAGCAUCUACGGGGCCUGUCAAAGGAGGAGAUCAUCCAGCUGAAGCAGCGUCGCCGCACGCUGAAGAACCGAGGCUACGCAGCCAGCUGUAGGGUCAAGCGUGUUACCCAGAAGGAGGAACUGGAGAAGCAGAAGGCAGAGCUGCAGCAGGAGGUGGAGAAGCUGGCCUCUGAGAACGCCAGCAUGAAAAUGGAACUCGAUGCUCUCCGCUCUAAAUACGAGGCACUCCAGAACUUCGCCAGAACCGUGGCCCGGAGCCCUGUCACCCCUGUGCGGGGGCCUCUCACCUCCAGCAUGGGGCCCCUCGUCCCUGGCAAGGUUGCUACUACUAGUGUCAUCACAAUAGUGAAAUCCAAAACGGACGCCCGGUCUUAGUGAAGCGAGUGUUGCCUGAGCUUGUCUGUGCAGGGCAAUUAGGCACAAAACCAGCCUGGAAUCCCCAAAGCACAAACCCUCCCCACACGGGUCCGGUUUCCUUCUUCUUGGCCCAGGACUGGCCUGCUGAUCGCUCUGGUUUUAUUUUGUAUGAGCAGUGGUGAUGCAUCCCUUGUCCUGUGCAGACAGAACCUCCCACCCAGCAGUCUGUAGCCCUCAGCUGCCCUUGGGACAGACUGUGAGAUCUUGGUGUUCUAGCCAAAGGAAGUCUGCGCAGCGUGGCCGACGGUGCGGCAAGUGGGCUUGGUGGCUUGGGGAGGCCUGGAGGGAGACUUUCUUCCUGGAGGUUGGGAACCCCGGUUUUCAGUCACUUCCAAAGGCUUUAUUUCAUUACUCUUCCAGGUGGUGUAUCACGGUGCCUGACUGCCAGGUGCCUGAGCCUGCUGCUUUUGUCUCAUCUGGUACCAGUAGUCGCAGUUGGGGUGUUCUGUGUAAUAGAUUUGGUAUUUGUUUCUAGGUGUGCCUCUGUGCCCGAGCAGUGGGUUUCCUUCAAACUUCUGUUGCGUUAGCAAUGCGGACUAGUGGUGGUGGAAGGGAGGAUGCUGCCAUGCCCUGCUGCCUCUGCUCCGGCAAAGGGGAGGGAGCCAGGACAGGGCCUGCAGAGGGGGCCCAGCACCUGGGGGAGAGGGAGGGAGGGAGGGAAGGUACCAUAUUGACUGCAGGCCGGUUUUGUGCCUAAUGCGUUGCACUGAACAAGACCAAAAUCACUAGUUGUCCCCGUGUUUUGAGGGUAUCAAGUGUCUCUAGUGUGAUGGUUUACACAACCAGUUUAUGUGGUUAAAUAGCCCUUUAUUUAAAGAGAGAAACAUCAUUUUAAGAGUUAUUAAAUUAUCUAAGUUUAAAAUGAAAAUCAGACAGAAGAGAGAGCGUAUUUAUAGUCAGCUUUUUUUAUCCGAGAGGGUGAGAAUAUUUGGCCAUAUGAAUGGGGAAAUAUUCUCGGAGACUUUGCUAGUUAAAAGUUAAUAAAUAAAUAAUUUUAAAUUUUCUCAUGAACCUCCCGCAAACUGAUUGUGGCUCUGAGGUUAGUUUUUAUAAAGAGUUAUCAGACUUUAUUUAUAAAACUUAGAAAAAGACAAAAAAAGAGGCAAGUCCUGUUUGAUAUCUUUUUGCAAUUGUACCAAAAGUGACUUAUUCUCGAUCUUGCUGGCUUCCGUUGUGUCCCCUUGUGUUGCGCUCUCUGUGCUCUCUGAGCUCGUGCGUGGCGCUGUGGUGUGGUGGUGCCAGUGGCUGCCUUUGCCAUGUGGUGUCGUUUUCAUGCUUCCAUUGUUUUCCCUGAGCUUAAGCGAGAGAUUGACUUGGAAUCUCUCCAAAUUCUCCAGGAGGAUUCUGGCACACAGGCAAAGUUGCUGUUUUUCUUAAAGGCAAAAAGGAACGGCUGGUGCAACGAAGUAGUGAUGCCUGCCCAGAGAACACUGUUCUGCAGAGGCGCUUUGCAGGAUGAGGUCUGCUUCUCUCUCUGGGUGUUGCGGCGGUUGCUUCUGCACAGACAGCUCAGGCCUCUCGCUACCCAGCCGAUGCUGGGUACCUGAGUUACCUGAAUGGUGGAAAUGUUGCCAGUGGAACUGCUCUCUCCUUCCUCCAGCAAAGCUGGCAGAGAAGUAACACAUGGGAGAACUAAGGUGAGGAGGAGACUGAUGGGAUUGAACUCUGGAACUGGAUUUGAGUCCUGUGGUCAGAGCUUGUGUUGCUCUUGUGGCUCCUCUGACAAGAGGCAAGUCUGCCAGCUGUUUGGGGCAGCAUAGGACCUGCACUAGACCUGGAGCUGCAGCCUCUUGUGCUGAGUGUCUGCAUAUUACUGAAAAAUAAGCUGUGAUGUGGUUGCUUUCUUUCCUGGUUCAGCUUCUGGCUGUGGGUGUUGGUAAGGUGCUUAGACUUAUAGUUGCGUGACACAGCUGAGAAACUAUUUGUGGUCAGGCUCCAUUUCCACAAACACUUUAACAACCCUCCCUCCCUCACCUCCCUGAAAGACUUGAGCUGAUUACCGAGCUGUUUUAGAGAAGUGGGACAUGGAGCUGAAGUCCAUGUGAUGAUCUCUUGAUUGUUUGGGAUGCUUUUCCCAGUGAACUUUGUGGGUGAGAACAUUGCUUUCAGACUUCACCCUCCCAGCCCGUGGGCUUUCUCUUCUCUGAGUUGAGGUGUCUGGGACGCUGCUUCCCUGCUGUUUGCUGGAUGGGCUGCUUGCUGUGCAGCACUUAGCACAAACCUCUGGGCUCCAGCCUUUGUCUUCCACCUGGUAGAUGGUGACAGGAGGGAUGGGAUGCUCCACAACAGAAGAAUCCUCCAGUUUGGCUCAGGGUGUAAAUCUCAGCCAAGUCCCUACCAGAGCCAGCCCGAGGUCUAACCUGACAAGAGAGCUGUUCUAAACCCAGCUGGAGGCCUGAUCUCCGCAGGGUGAGCAGACAAGGUUUUGUGUAUGGGGCUGGCUAAGAGCUGAGCUCCAGGUGCUGCAGACUGUGGUGAGGAGCGUCCCAUCAACAGAGUGGGCAAUGGUAGGCAGUCCCACAGCCCUGGUGGAUUUGCUUCCGUUGUACUCUGCACCGAGGAACACCCCGGUCCUUCCCUGCCUGCUGGAUGGCAACUGUUGUUGCCAGUAAGAGCGUGCGCUGCUCUGGAGUGAGGCUGUGAGUCAGGAGGACAAAGAGAGCAGGCAUCAGCACUGACUUGACCAGCCAUUGAUGCUGUCGUUUCUCCUCCCCUGUGCUGUAUUUGCUAGCUUGUGGUCCCAGUUUGCUUUGAGUGGCUCAAUGCGUUUGGUGAGGACACUGCUUGAGGGGGAGCAGGCGCGAAGCCACUGCUGGAGUGUGCCUGUGUGGUAAACCAGCUCCGUUGGUGUGGGGAUCCUUUCCACACAGGUUCGGGCUCUGGCUGCAGGUGAGAUGGUUCUCUGCUCGUGAAGCGCUCUGUCUGGCUCCAUCCUAGGGAUGUUGGAGGGGGUGUGGUCCCCUCGUGGAGUGCUGCUUCCCCAUACUAGUGUGGUGUUUUUGGUUUUGUUCUCAGUGAAGUAUUGAAAUCCAAGUAAUGUAUUUCUGCAGUGUCCAAGGAAUCUCGCGUCAUGCUCAAGGGGACCACGUCCCCUGCCACCUGGCAUCCUGUGCCUGUGUGAGACAACCCCUGCCCCAAGCCCAUCACUCUGAUCUCUCUUUCUCUUUUCUCUCUCUCUCUCUCUCUCCCCCCCUCUCUCUCUAUUUCUCUCGUAUAUAGCGUUCUGGAGUGUGGCAGUUCUUGUUCCUAAGGUGCUUGUCCGUUUGGUUUCCUGCUGUGGAGGGUGUUGUGUUUUCUUUCUCCUUUCCCUGGUACCCUUUUGAUGCAGUGGUUGGGGAGGCGGGGCUCUGCCCCAGCCUGCCCGCAACGCAAACCCAUGGAGUGUACCCCCGGCGCGGCAGCUCGGCCAGGCGCGCAGGGGUUUGUGUAUCUUGUGGUGAAUUGUGUGAAGUUACUCUUGCGUUACGCAGCGCCGCCGGGCACCGCUCCCCGGGGAGAGCGAGGGCAGCUGCGGCCCGGAGGCCCGAGCGGGGCCCGUCCCUGCCCGGCUCUGCGGCCCCGUCCCCGCGGCGGGGCGAGGCCGGGGCUGCUGCGCCGCCCUCCCCGGGCCGCGACCGGGUCCGGCCGGAGGCGGCCGCGGGCUCCGGGGGUGCCGCCCCGGCGUGGGCCCGUCCCGGUCCCGGUCCGGGUCCCGCCCUGCCCGCGGGGAGCGGCGGCGGGGCCGGGGUCGGCCAGGCCGGGGGCCGCGCUGGGCGGGCGGGCGGCGGUAUUUAUUGCUAAGUUAUUGCCCCGCGCGGCGGCGGGCGUUAUUUAUUGCUGUACAUAGUGUUGGUGCCGGCGCGGCCGCCGUUGUUUUGUACAUGACAAUAAACUGCUUUCAAA